AUGGAGGAGUUGAAGGAUGCAAGGGAAGAAAGGUCUGUGUGUUGGGCUAGUUGUCGUACUAGCUCGUCCUCGGUAGAUGACAUGACCACACCACUUUUUUUGCAUCGUAAAAAGAUUGAAGGAAUUUUUUUUUUUCUUUCUGUCUCACAACUUUCUUUACCAGCCAUGAACUUUCCACCAUUUGAACAACCACUCUUUGACCCCAACCAAGCGGAGUUGCUUGAAGAGGCAGAGAGGGCCAAGAACUCCAGUAUCCCAUUUCAUAAUCCAUUUGAUGUGAACUCGUAUCCGAUUACUAAUCCGCCUAUAUUUGAUUCGACAAUGACAGUUCCGUAUACUACAGAUGGGGUUCCACGUCGAAGAAGAAUAUCGAUAUCGAAUGGUCAGAUUGGCCAGAUAGUGAGCCACGAAGCGUACUUUGCCGAGGAUUUGGAUGUGCCACCCGAGUUUGAGAGCAGACCGCAGACGUCAGUGAUUGAGCCACCACCACCGCCGCCACCACAACCACAACCACAACUACCAGUAGAAAUUGCUGGCGUUCCACCACCAAACCAUCAACUAAUCUACAACAACGAAGUGAUUUACAACCCCGAGAAUGGGCCUAUACCCGGGACAGCUGCAUGGAAGAAGGAGCGGUUAUUGGAGAGAAACCGGAUUGCUGCGUCAAAGUGUAGGCAGAGGAAGAAACAAGAGCAGGUGCAGAUCCAGAACAAUAUUGCCAAGAUGGAGAAAGAGUUGAAGAAGAAAGACGCAAAGAUUGCUGAGUUGGAGUAUACGGUGGAAUUACUAAAAGCAAGUAUAAAAAGCUGUAUAGAAGAUGGCAACACCGACAGGUUGAAGCAAUUUAUUUAG